UUUUCUUUUUCUCCAAGCACGAAAAAAAAAAACACUAAUCGGCAUAUAUAUUUAGAGGAGCUGAACCCUAAGGGGCCCCUUCUUCUUCACUCCUUUCCAACGCGGCAGCCGCCUCCAGUCAUCUACUCCACCCUAGAGCAGCUCCACACAAGCGUUACACCACCAUCGUAAUACCAUUCUCCUUCAAAAACAUUCACAAUAUUUGAUUAGGCAUUCACUCUUCUUAAUCACCAACCAAUUUGUCAUACCUUCAUCACCACUUAAAACUCCGAUAAAAAUAGAGUUUCGUCGCAUGAGUUUGGUUGAAGUUUCUGUCGGAUUUUUGAGGUCGUAUUCAGAUUUGUAUUUGAUUAGUGUUGGUCAUCUGAGAGUUCGAAGGCGAGGUCGUUGUCGCUCCGAUUCGCGGUCUAAGAUCCGGUCCUUAUUUUUGCUUCCCGGUCAGAUUUUAAUCAGGGUUCGUUGUCACAUUUUAAUACUUUCAAAGUUGAUGUAGCAUAAUCGGGGCUGUUCUUAUUAAUAGCGAAGACAACAUUUUGCUGAGGUAUGGAUCGACUCACCAAUGCUAGAGUAUCAAUGAUGGUCAAAGUCCCUAGAAGGCUAGUAAAUGGUGGAACAUGUUCACAUUACUUGAGCAGCAUGAUUUGAUGGAAAAUUGGGACUCUUAUUUCUUUGAUAGACAUCACUCCCCGUCCCGACCUUGUAGAAGCAAUGUUGACAUUUUGGGACCCGCAGGGAAUGAUAUUCAAGUUUGGGGAUCUUGAGAUGACACCCACCUUAGUUGAGAUAGUCGGGUUAACCCGCCUGCCAUACCUAGACAAGGAUUUGAUUUACACAAGGGCUCAUUCAAGCACCAAGUUCCUUAAGAUCAUAGGGAUGGAUUUGGAAGAUCGCAUGGGGUGUCUAGAUCAAUCUUGGGUACCUUUGGACUUUUUAUUCGAGAGGUUUGUUCGUCCUACUGGGUAUGAGACCUUCGUAGAUGAAUUUUCCAUAUCAUAUGAUUCUUGGAAGAAGAGGCGCCCUAUAGUCUUCGAUAUUGCAUUGUUGGGUCUCCUGGUAUUUCCUUUGGAGGGUAGACAUAUUAGCACGCGUCUGGGGUCAAUAGCCUUUGCACUCUUCCAUGAUAAACAUAGUAGUAAGGUCACCUUGGUUCCGACAAUUUUGGCAGAGAUCUAUCGUGCUUUGACCAGGAUUCGACAAGGUGGGAGGUUCUUUGAGGGAAGCAACUUGUUGCUACAGCUGUGGAUGAUGGAACACUUACAUCCAGCCACCAUGUUUGAGAAAGAUGUGAUUGACCGUUGUCUGAGAGAUCGAGUGAAGUGCAUUGAUCAUAGAAUGACGUUCGAUAAGUUUCCCUUACCACUCGGAGUUCAGGCUUGGGUUGAUUACUUAGGAUCCUUGACUGAAGAGAAGGUUCUGUGGUCAUACCUUUGGAUUGAUUUGGACGUGAUCUUAGCAGGAUCUCGCGUGCAAGACUUCUUGGUACUAAUUGGACUUUGGUGUACUAGACCAUAUACCCCUGCUAGAAUGAUGCGUCAGUUAGGGAGGCGGCAAGAAGUCCCCUACAUUCCUGACUCUCGUGACUUCAUUAGGGAAUUUGACACUAUGCCACAUAGGGAGGUCGACAUCCAGACCUAUUGGCGUCAUGCAAUGAAGAUGGGUAGGGAUACUUUAGCUGCUGACCCAAAUUCACCUGGGUAUACCCAUGAGUACUUCAUAUGGCUACAGUCUACUCAGCGGGGGGUUAGCAUACCAUUGCCCCGACAUGUUAGAGGAGUAUUUGACGAGGAGGUCACCUCACUGAUAUUGCUUAGACAGUUGAUGGAUCGAUUUACCUAGGAAGAGGAGGCCCGUGCAGCAGAAAGGGCUGGGGUUCGAGCUACACUUCAGUCACUAAGAUCACAGUUGGCAGGGUUGGUAGAGAACAUGGGACAGCACCGUGAGUACCUUCCUAGAGUCAGCCUUCCAAAUGCAGCAUUCCACGAUUCUCAUUCCUAGCUUCGCGGUAUCCUUGCAGGGUAUAAUACAGAGCUUAGAUUCAAAAGGAUUGACGGGGCCAUCCGGAUCUUCAUCGGACCCGUCCCAGCCAGGACCUUCGCAUUCAGGAGUAGCUUGAGGAGUCAUUCUAUUUAGAUGUUUUGAGAUUAUCUUACGUUGUCUUUUUACUUUCGCGUCUUGUCUCGGAGACUGAGUUCUUUAGGUGGUGUCAGAGUCUGUUAUAGUGUAGUCGAGUCUGUCAUGACUUUCAUUAUCGUAUUUCCCUUUGUAUUUUAAUAUCGAAAAGUUUUAAAUGAAAAAGCCCAAAAAGAUUUUGUUUUUA